GCCCCGCAAGAAGCCCCUAUUCCAGUCGCCCGACUCCUCCAAGACCAUGGGCCAAGUCUGCUCCGGUGCCGGCGUGAGCAAGCACGUGAGCGUGCCACGCGACCCGGCGGACAAGGAGCUGGACCCGAUCGAGCUGCGCCAGACCAAGAUCCCGGACUUCGACGCGUUCUUCGAGUCGGCGGCCGCGCCGCUCAACGAGCUCGUGGAGAUCCACAACAGUAUCGCAGAGAGCGAAGAGAACCUCAAGGCGGCGGCUGCAGCGCUGCAGGGCGAGACCCAAGUGCGGCUCACGGUCGAUCACGCCGGUCGGGUGGCGCUGGUGCUGUGGAAGUUCGACGACAAGGACCAGAUGCAAGUUCUCACGGCGGAGGAGCGGGACCAGAAGCUCAGCGCCAAUACCGAGCUGCGCGAGGCCUUUGACACCACCGACCAUGCUGUCACCGACUUGAACUCGGCGCUGGAGAAGCCUCCGACGAGUGAACCGCUCUGCGAGUUCGCGGAGAAGCGUGGUCGGCUGCUCGUGACCAAGCGCGGUCAGCUCGAUGUGCUGGUUCGUGACGUGAACGUCGCGGUCUUCACGCUACGCAAACUCCUUAUGAUCCAGGCGCACGUGACGAGCUUGAGUGAGGCUACCAAGGUCCUCCUGACGGAGCUGGCCAAGGUCGAGGACAUGAGGUCGCUGAGAAUCACGACCGACGAGAACGGAGCCAUCAAGAUCAUGAACGGUGACGACGAGCUGGAUCUGCGCAAGAUCAGCAACCUGCGUGCGCCUGUGGUUCAACUCCGCGAUGCUAUGGUUGAACUGGUGGAUAAUGUGCAGACUGCAGUGACCUCCGUGCCCGAGCUGGCCGAGUCUUCUACUGCGUUCGUCGAGGAGGCCAAGGCACUCCCAGCAAAGGUCCCGGACGCUGUAUCCAAGUCGGGUCUGAGCAUCACGGAGAUGCCGAAAGCUGCGGCGGCCACGACCAGCAAUGUCAAGGCGCUUAGCAACGGGCCGAAGAUCGCUCGGGCCACCACCGUCAUGAUUCAGUAUGCCGGUCGUGAGCUUGUGCAGGCUGCUGCAAUCCCGCGGGGCGGCUAAGGCGGAAGUGCAGGACUGUGUGGGUGUGUGGGUAGAAAGUGGAGGUGCUAGAGCAGGAGGAACAGAAGUGCAGUAAAAACAAUUGAAAUGUAUGGUUUGUCUAUCAU